GCAAAAUUGAUAAUGAGCAUACAAAGAGAGCAAAAAAGUGUUCUUCAAUAAAUUGUUAUUAUAUAUGGCACUAAAGGAGACAUAAAGAGAACUCUUUUUUUGGUGCUCAAAUCAUUUUUAAUCGUCGAUGUGUCGUGACAAGGUUUUUUAACUGCUGUGGAUGAUAAAAAUUAUUAUUUUUUGUGAUCAAUUUUUGGAAUUUAAAGUUUGAAUAAAUGCUAAAAUAUGUAAACAUUCAAAAAAUUUGUGCCAAAAAGUGACCUUCAAGAAAAGUAUCAAAGAAUCGCAUUAAGAACAAGUUGCAAGGUUAUAUAAAUAACAUCCGAAGGAACACACAUAAACAAAAGUGUUAAAAAAGAGGACCUGCCUCAAAAUUAUUUAGAAACAUUCAUAAAAUAAAAUAAAUCAGUUAUACAAUGACGGAAGGUCCAGUGGCUGAAAAGGCUAGACAAUUUCCGAAAUCAGUGCCAUUUAUUCUAGUAUAUGCAUUAUGUGAGCGGUACAGUUCGAUGGGUGUUGCAGCCAUCCUAGCAAUCUUCUUAAACACAAAACUAGGCCUCAGCGAAGGCACAUCAACAGCAAUCUAUCAUUAUUUCUACUUUGCGUCAUACUUUUUCGCCAUUAUCGGUGCAAUAGUAGCUGAUAAUUGGUUCGGAAGAUUCAAAACUCUUCUAGUCGGCAUGUCAAUCUUAGGAGGAAUCGGAAACUUCUUACUGGCAAUCGGAACUGUGGAAUAUUGGGACUAUUUGAUGGGCGCCUUCACAGCACUCGGUCUCAUCUUCAUCAGCGUCGGUGUCGGAUGUCUCGAACCAAACCUCCCAGCCUACAGCGGUGAUCAAUACAGAAUUCCAUUAGAAGAAAAAGGCUUUGCUCUUUGCAUUGGACUUCUUUUCAUUAUGCAAAAUGCAGCUCGAGUUAUUGCCAUGCUUGUUGGACCUGUUUUGAGAUCAAAUACAAAAUGCUUUGGGGCUGUUGAUUGUUAUCCUUUGAUCUUUGGAAUCUUUGUUGGAGCUAAAGUCAUUGCAAUAUCGAGUCUUGUUAUUGGAAAGAAAUUCGCUGUUGUAAGGCUGCCCGAAGGAAAUAUGUUUGUGAAAGUUUGUGGAACUAUCUGGCUCGGCUUCAAAACAAAAUUUUUCAUCCGUCCAAAAGCAAAACGUGAUCACUGGCUCGAAUAUGCUGAAGACAAGUACGGACCAUCAAUAGUCGCAGACACAAAGCGUAUCCUCUACAUUCUCACCCUCCUCCCACCUCUAGUCAUCACAGCAACUCUUUACUUCCAACAAGCAUCACGUUGGGUCUUUCAGUCACGUCAAAUGAAUGGUCAAGUUGGAAAUUAUACAAUUAAGCCUGACCAGAUGCCACUUGUUAAUGCUAUAUCCACAGCUAUUUUUGUGCCAUUCUGUGAAUAUGCAUUGAAUCCACUAAUAGCUAAAGUUGGAAUCAAAACAAAUCUUCAACGAGUUGUUCUUGGUGGAUUUCUGUCAGGAACUGCCUUUGUCAUUGCUGCACUCUUGCAGUUCCAAGUUGAUAGACAAGAUCUUCAUAUGGUUUGGCAAGUCCCACAACACAUGGUGCUAGCAUUAGGAGAAGUACUCGUUUAUGUCCAAUUCCUUCAAUUCGCAUACACACAAGCACCAAGACAAAUGAAGUCAGUGCUUCAAGCAUUCUUCUCAAUGGUCAUUGGCGGUGGAAAUUUGAUUGUCGCACUGAUUGCAUCAACUGAAAUUUUUGAAUCUAUGGCUUAUGAAUACCUAAUGUUUGCAGGCAUUGUGUAUAUUGCGAUGAUCGCAUUUACAAUUCUAGCUGCUAGAUAUAAAUAUGUUGUUGUUGAGACAGAUGACAAGAAAAAUGAUGAGAUUGUUAAGAGUAAUGAUUUGAACGGUGGUUUUGAGGAUGAGGAUAAGGUUAAGGAGAAAUAUGAUACUAGGCUGUAGGGUUGGGGGUUUUUUGGGGGGGGGGGAUAUUUAAAAAGCUUUAACUUUAUAGAUUGGAGUGAUUAGAUGUGGACUUUUGGGGUCUUCUGUGGGUCGAUUGCUUGGUUUACAUCGGAAACUACUUUAAUCCAACCAAGUGCAUGCACUUGGCUAAGUAUUAGUUCAGGUCAGAGGCGUAGCCAGGAAUUUGAAGAGGGGGGGGGGGUCCAAAAAAAGUAAAUAUGGAAAAUUCAGAGGGAUGAUUUUUUUCAUAAAACUCUUAGCAAAAUAAAGAAAUUUGUCCCCCAAAUCCCCCUCCCCCCCUGGUUAUGCGCCUGGACCAGAUGUAUACCAAUAUACCGACCCAAACU